AUACCAGUCGGUGGUUGGAUUUCCAUUCUUUGGUUGUUGCAAACCACUGUGGUUUCUGUACUUUCUCUUUUUAUUAUGACGUAGAAUCCGGUCCGUUGCGGGCGAAAUUUGGUGUAGGCCUAUUGUAAAAACAUUUUGGUACAUAUUAUGACGUAGAAUCCGGUCCGUUGCGGGCCAAAUUUGGUGUAGGCCUAUUGUAAAAACAUUUUGGCACAUACGCUCACUCGCCCAAUCGGCACAGUGUUGAUCAAAGUGAACAUCAUCUCUACACUGUAAACCAACUGACAACACCACAUACAACUGCAUCUCGUUAUAGAUUUUGGCUUCGUGGACAGCGUAUACUAUCCUCCCGAGUGUUAACGGCCUUCUUAAUGAGGAUGGCGGUUUGGGCUGCAUGUCUCUUGCUGGCAAUACUUCAAGCCUUUACGAUAUGUGAUGCAGACCCGUACUAUGGUGCACUCGUUGGUAGUUUAUCGACCAUUAAUCACGGGGUGACCGGGACCGUAUACGCCGUCGACUCUGACCGUCUGCUCAUCCGGGGGUUCACGUACGAUGGCACGGCACCAGAUGCAUUUUUAUGGAUUGGUGAUACAGAUCGACCCGAUGCUAGUGGUACUAUAUUGCCAGUCGAUCCUAAUAAUCCGGAUGUCAAAUUAGGCUUGUACGGAGAUGCAGAGAUAUCGGUCCGUCUCCCAGCGGGUAAAACAGUCUCUGACUACAAGUGGUUAUCGGUGUGGUGUCGUCAAUUUCGUGCGAACUUCGGUAACCUAGCCAUAGCCGACAGUUUUGUCAAUCCAGCCGUCCACGACCUCGGUGCUCUACCGACGUUCGCCCACGCGGUUCGUGCGACCAGCGUCAAGGUACUAGACGCAAAGACGUUCCGUUUUGAAGGGCUGUAUUACGAUGGAUAUGGACCAGAUGCAUAUUUCUGGGCGGGACCCGGAAGUACUCCCACAACGAGCGGUAUCAAGCUUGUAUGGAAACCAGACUUACCAGCUACCGGCAACAACCAGAGAAUCGGACAGGCUUUUACUGGACAAGAUAUUGAGGUCACCAUGCCGGAAGGCAUGACCGUGUUUGACAUCAAUAACAUCGGUAUGUGGUGCGUCCUGGCCAGGCAGAACUUCGGCCACAUCUCAUUUACGUCGAGCGCCCUCAAUGUGCCCGCUGUCGUCCCCGAAGUUAUGCCUGCAUCGUUCCAAUGCGAAGUACUGUCCGAUAACGAGUUUCAAGUUAAAUGGAGAGUCGACGGCACCGACCUCGAAGUAGAACUCGCAGGUCGAGUUGACCCCGGGAACUACAUGGCAUUCGGCCUGAGCGGCUCUGACUCUCAGACCUUAAUGGAGGGAUCGGACGUAGUGGUCGGGUGGAUGGACAUCGCGUCGAUGAGCCCCAGGGCCGUGGACUACAGGCUUCAAUCCAAAGCACAGUGUUCCACCAACGAUGGUAGAGGGGCAUGCCCUGACGACAUCGCAGCUGUUGGCGGGACAAACAACGCAGUGGUAGGCAACUUAGUCUCGGUGAAUGGUAUUGUGCGUCUAUCUUACACAAGACCUCUCAAUACAGGUGACAGCGUUGAUCAAGUGAUUCCCACUGAUCGUGAAGUGUACAUAUCCUGGGCGUUGGGACCAAUCAACCCUGACGGACGAGUAGCCAAACACACAAGCGUACCAAGAGCGGAUCUGAAACUAAACUUCGGUCGCCAGGGCGUCACCACUUGUCCAGAGUUCACCAGGCCAGCCGGCACUGACAGCUCCAUGACGUCAUGGACACCGUCUCGCAUAGAGGGCGUUACAUCAUUCACCGUACAGAUCGGGCAAUCUGGUGGAGAACGUGGCUACACUGGCAUUACAGGGAUAGUUGGCUGGGGUAUCGCUUGGUACGUCAACGAACUUCUGAUUCCCGAGAUCACAGUCCAACGUGGUACCACCUAUACCUUUCAAAUCUACGGUGGAAACGACCCUCAAUUGUCGGCCCAAUACCACCCAUUCUACAUCACUGACGACUCGGAAGGAGGCUACGCACAGAAAACGGCAAAUGAGCAAAACAACGUGGACAUAUAUGCUGGGAUGGAAGUUGGUCCGUACUGCGAGUGGCGCCCCAAGACCAUCGGAACGUCCCCGGAUAACUACGACAGCUUCGCAGCCUUCAAAGAUACAUUGGAACUCCAUUGCGUCAACCCAUCGGCCUCUGCUGGAGUGUUAACUUGGACACCAGACGGUACCACACCGGACUUGGUGUACUACCAGUGUUACACGCACAGAUUUUUGGGAUGGAAGAUUCGCGUCGUGGAUGACCCCAGUAUCACGAUGCCUGACGGAGAAGCCACAGGAGAAGCCACUGCGCCUUUGGUGUCCGUCGUCGCCAUUUUGUUUACGACGAUGUUCGCAGUAAUUUUGUUUUAAAAUGUUCCACACAAAAUUUCUCUGCACACAUUUAUUCUUAAAUACAUUCUCAAAAAAGAGGUUUCUUUAUCUGGUUUGUACUAAAACAGUUCUUUGAGUCAUUGGUGUUUUUUAAUCAGUUAUUUAUAACACAAUCAAAUUUGGCAGGUUGGUUACAGCUGUUAUAAUUCCCGAGAAAAAAAUUUCCCAGAUUUUGUAUAUAUAUUGUUUUAGCACAUUUGUUAUAAUAUCUUUGUUUUCCUAAUGGGAGACUUUCGAACGCCAGGUGGCAGCAGACUUAUUAGGUAAAUUUCCAAUGUUAACGUAGUUCUGAGCAUGCGCACAUUGUUGAGUUUGCGAGAAAUGUGUAGGCUUAGCUGAAAUAUUAACAAAACGCACAAGUCAGAAAUUGUUGAUAUCUAUAUUUUUUUAAUUUGUUUUUGCAAACAACUAACUUCGCAAUAAUGCCAAUAACAGAUCGAAGGAAACUAAAAUAUUUUUGUUAAGAUGUAAUAGGAAAAACACCCCAGGGGGAAAACGCAUGCAAUCGGGUAGAGGCUGAGAACCAAAUCCACACACUCUGUAGCUGAGGUUGGAUUCGAAGCGGGGUCCACUGGUAUGGUAAGAAAGAACCAGCCUGUAUGUAAAAUAAAGAAAUGUAAUUUGUAUCUCUGUCUGGCGCACAAAUUAAUAUGAGCGUAUCAUAGACCAGCUUUGAAAUAAUUUCGAAUUAAUGAUAAAUGUUUUGAUGUCUGUGUAUGACGUUUAAACUCCAGUGUAGACUAUAUUUAUCUAAACUCUAAAGUUUCAAAAGAAUUUUAUUAGUGUUAACCUAUUUGUGACACCUCAACUGUAUACAUAUCGAUUUUUUUGCUAUUUACUAAGUAAAGUUAAUGUUUAUUUUGAAUAUGAAUAUUUUAGUUUUAAUUGUUUGAAAAAUCUUACUAGCUCUUUGCGAUUGUACAUAUAAAGUGGUUUGGUUAUUUGUUUUGUAUUGCACGCUUACUCCGAUCCUCAAGGCUAUUCUAUUGUAAACUUUUUAAAAUGUGCGACUUCGAAUUUCAAUACAUGAUAAAAUAAUAAACAAAUACAGUACUCCAUCAGUACUCCUUGUCCUGCACUUCAACGCAACGCGAUGCUGAAAUCUAGCUGUAAUCAUAGCUGUGGCAGGUAGUCAAUAUAAACGGUCUAAAUUUAUUCCAAUGAUUGGUCGAUACGGUAAUAGUUUCGAAGUCAAGGUCGGAUCCCUUAAAACAUGCAGAUUCUUGAAAAUUAUCGAUGUUGACAUUAUCCACAGCUAAACUCGCACGGUUCGAUCAUGACCUACCUAAUGUGCCAGAGAUCAAUGGUUGCAUAAAUGUUAUUAUGGCACGGUCUCUUGAGGUCGCCCUAUUUUUUGUUUAAUCGAGUUUGUUUGAAUGUUGUCAGGUUAAACGUGUUUCACGGUAUAGGAUGAAAUGGUCGAAUAUUAUAGGCUAAAUAGGCUUUAGCGAGAACAUCGAAGAGCUUUCAAUUAUUUGAACCUUAUAGCUACCACCUAUUUUUAGUGCGUAUAAUGAACUUUGCCUUUCGAACAUUACUGCAGUCUCAGUUCAAAUCGUGUGUAUACUGGAAUAUUUCUUUGAGAUGCGGGACGGUGUCCCAGUGAAUUCUGCCCCCGCCCCAUCUCCUGUGAUUUUAACCCCCCCCCCGCCCUCCUUUGAAUCCUCAUUCAACCCUUGUUAAUUUCCCAUAAUGGGGGAAAGAAUCUCCAUUCUCCGGCGGACAGAAUUCCCUGGGACACCGGCAAAAAAUGUUCAAACACUUUCCCCUGACCCCUAAAGCUGUCUGGAUGACCCAAGGUCAAAAUGUCCCACUACAAGCGACAACCAUUUGAGUCCCUGUAAAUCAGUGUAUUGUGUGUGUACGUGCAAAAUAUAUAGUGUCAGAAUUCAAAAGCAUAAGGUGAGAGAAAUUAGGGCGAGAGGAGAUAAGUUUAUCCGACGAUAUCAAAUCGCCAGUCGUAAUCUAAGCAAUCAGGAUCAGCUGAAGCUGUUCCCCCACGAAGGGCCUUCUGGUCGAUUGCGUACACUAUCUGGUUACUAACAAAUGUAUUAGUCACGGAAAUUAUUAGGUCAUGUUUUUUUUAUUCACUUGUUUUAGAAUACAACUUUAUCCAAAUUAUUGAUAUUGAAGAAGUCGUGUUCCAACAACAAUUUCUCUCUGGGCAAAUUGUAUUGUUUUUAUGCUUUCCAUGUGGUGUGCAAUGGCCGAGCGGAUGAGAGCGUCCGGGCUGAACUUGGUGUUUCUGAUCAGCAGAGUGUGGGUUCGAGUCCCGGUCGUGACACUAUCCUCUGUCAUUAAAUUAGUAGGCAAGGCACUUAACCAUUAUUGCUGCGUCUUCGGAUGGGACGUAGACGCAGCAAUGUAAUUGUUGGUCCCGUGUGUUGUACAAAGCACGCAAAAGAACCCAUGUGCAUGCUUAUCGUACAGAGAAUAGAAGGGUUUUCACCCCUGUUCCUGGUUUGAUCGGCAGCAAAUUGAUCCACAGUACCUUGUAGGCCUAUUGCAUUGUGCUAUAUGAUAGGUAUCAUACUUCAGAACGUAGCUCCACAUUAUAUGCAGGAAGAAAAUACAGAAGACUUUGAGACGCCCAUCGGGUGCGAUAAAGCACUAAAUCGGGGUUAAAUGAUUGACUUAUUAACUAAGGAUUUAUCAGUCAGAAAGACAUACCUUUUAUAACCAAAAUAUACUGUAAAACUUUAUCUAAACUUUUUAUUUUCUGUUGAUUUUUUAACAAAUUGAUCUAUACAGAGUCAACUAAAAAUCCAUUUCAAAAACUUGUAGCAACAUUUUGUACUGUGUAUUAGUAGUCCAGACAGUUUGACUUGCUAGGUGGUCGUUCGUAUCCUAACAAUAUUAUAAAGACUUCUAUAACACAGACAGGAAAGUGAAUAUAACACCACAAACAGAAGAAAUCUGUUAGAAUUACCGGGCCCCUGUGACUUGAACUCUAGAUAAUGAGUAAAAUGGCUAAACCGCGGCACCUCGUAACCAACACAAGGCGAGCCAGAUUAACCGGUAAACUGAAACAGUUUGCCGUUACUUGUGACCAAAUUAAGGGGGAAAUUACUGCUGUUACGAGUUUUCUUCCAUGGGUGGCGUGAAGUCACCACCGUGAUUUGGCCAUUUCAUAGUACCGUUCACACCGGCCGCCGCCAGGGGCAUGAUUCGUUACUCUGAGGUCCUCGGCGAUCGGAGUGGUCAUUUGCAGGUGAAUUGAUUUUGAACGCAAAUGGGAGCCAGCGGGUAGUUGACCUAUAUAGAAAGAGGUUUUGGAUACGGGACUAACUUUAAAGGGAAACGUUUGUUGUGAGUAACUUUUUGUGUGUGUGAGGAAACACUUUUUGUUUUAAUCCACGUUAUGCCCUUAUACUAUUACCAUUUGAGUGUCAUUCUCCUGCGUUAGAUAUUUUCCACAGUGAACGUUGUUUAUGGCAAAGCCUGCGAACAAAAGAAUCCAAAUUUAUGGAUUGUUUUUAAUUCACAUGUCUUUCUUUGGUGACUGCUCUUAUAUUCUGACAACCCUGUGUGCCAAACCUAAUGAAAGUGUUAGAGCUAUAGAAUUAGGACAUUACAUCACUGACGUUAUCCCGGAACAAGGGUAUCGGAACAUGGGUGUCGGAACAUAGGGGUGUGACCCUUUCCUUUUCUAACAGUCUCGAAAGACAUUUGUCAAACUUUGUUUGUGAAGUCGCUCCUUUUGAUGCCAUAAUGUCUUGAUUUGAUUUCCGUUGUGUGUAUAAUUGUGUUGCCACGGCACCUCCAGGAUGUUAUUCUUACGGUAUCGCAACACAACGUUUUGAAUGACCAAAGAUUGCCAGCUAUAGUUUCAUGCCCUUCUCUGAAAUUGAAAGUUCAACAUCGUUUAGAAAGAGGGAGGGAAAAACACUCCUAAAGUUGCUUUUGGGGAAAUAUAAUGAUUUGUUUGUCUUUCUAUCGGCAAUAACACCAGAAUGUCUUGACUCACUCUGAGGUAUCGCCUUAAGCUCCGUCGGCUUGGUAAUCCGGCUGUCCUGCUGCUCCUACAGUGACGCAUGGCAUCCAAGUCAACCCCUCUUACCGCAAUUUGUACACCAGUGUUGUUGGACGUGAUCCAAGUUCCUAUUAAAUCGAAACUUUUGCGGUGAACCGGUAACUGAA